CUGGGUUUCAACCUCCACAUAAUAAAACCCAAAUGGAUUCAACCUCUGCGGUGUUUCUCUGUUUCGCGACCCUAUUUAUCUCAUCUGUAAUAUCGAUCUCCGAUCACAGUUUAUUAGUCUACAAAAACUGUGCAAACCGAACAUUCACAACCACAGCUCCAACCCUCACAUCUCUUUUCCAAGAGCUCACCGCCCACUCAAACCAGUCCAAGUUCUUCAAACACACCGAAUCAACAGACGACGAUGAGAUUUCCGGUGUCUACCAAUGCCGGGGAGACAUCACUAACCAAGAGUGUCACAGCUGCGUGAACACGCUUCCGGAUAUCUCGAAAACAAUGUGCAGAGAAUCUGUGGCAGCUAGGGUUCAGCUCCACGGGUGCUACAUGCGAUACAAGCUCGAGGGGGUUGACUCAGAUUACUCGGGCAAGAAAAGAUUGCUGCACAAGAGCUGCGGCGAGGGUGGUGGAUCCAUCAACGGGGGUGUGGGCGGGUUUGAGGAGAUGAGGAGUGCAGCAUUUGGAGUUUUGGAGAGCGGUGUGGUGAGUGGUGAAGGGUUUUGCAAGACGAGAUAUGAGUUGAUUGACGUGAUGGCUCAAUGUGAAGGAGGGUUGGGGGGUUGUGAAUGUGGGGAGUGUGUGAGUAGUGCUGUGCAGGUUGCUGAGGAAGAGUGCGGUGGUUCGCUUUCCGGUGAGAUUUAUUUGGCGGAGUGCUUCUUGAGCUUUGCUUAUCAUCCAGAUGACGAGUCACACUCAGAUGAAGAACAGAGAGAUAAGAAAGGUAGCGACGGGAAAAAGUUAGCAAUUGUUGUGGGAGGGGCAGCAGCUUUGUUUUUCGGAUUCAUCUUUUUGUUAUUCCUCAAAUCUUGGGGCAAGAAAGAUGAAUACUAGGUUAACAAUAUUGAUCGAUUUGUAGUUACAUUUACGUACGUAUAAUAUAUACUAAGUUCCACCACAAUACGUUUUCAGCUCUCAUUCUU